ACACGAGGUUGGGUCGUAAAAUGCAAACAUCGGGUUAAUGGAGAGGGAAUGGUAUCUAAAAUGCGUUUUACCUGAUACGGACGGGGGGUGGCCUAAACACCUUCACGACAACCGUUACCGAUUUUAUCACCAACCCAACAAAAAAAACGCUACUGAUAACGUGUAUCGAUAAUCGCAUCGAUAGAGUUCGCCCGAAAAAAAAAAACAUAAAACAGAAGGAGAAAAGGGAUUUGCCCCGCGCUAGUAGGGGAGCAAUACGUGCAAGUAGCACUGGUGUAAAAUUCAAACUUCUUCCACUGGCCAUACCCAAGUGCCGGUUGCCUUCGAUACUGGGCUGGCGGAUAAAGAUUAAGGAAUAGAUACGACGAGAGGCCAGAGGGGGUCUGCCAGUGUUCACUGGUUUUGCGUACAAACGGGCAACCUUCAGUGUUCUGGCGGAGUUGCUUCAGUCGUGUUCGGGCCGUUCAACGCCGCCGUCCAUCCGUCCAUCCAAAGCGUACACAGUAGUGAGUGGGUGCAUACAGUGCCGUUUAAAGCCCUAGAAUCCUGCUGGCGAAGACAUGGCUGGAUUCUUCAAGCAGCUGUCCUGCAUUUUGUGCAGUAUGAUGCUCCUGUUCUGUGGCGGCAUGCACAUCGGCUGGAGCAUUAUGCAUCUGUACAUGUCCGGCAAUCGAUGGGCGGUCGGCAUUUCGGUCGACGAGUUUCGGUUCGCCAUUUUGUCCUUCUUCACCGGGUGCGGAUUUAUCAUACUGAUUGUGGCCGGCACGAAAAACUUGCUGCCAACGCGUGUCUGGAUAAUGCUAUCGGCGUUCUUCUUUAUUAUCAACGGCGUAUUUUUCAUCGCAAUGCCCACGUAUUAUGCGGCCACAGUGGCUACCCGUAUUAUAGCAGGCUUUGGACAUGGGAUCGCUCACGUCGUUUCGAUCAUCUACGUGGGCGAGAUCGCUUCGCGCAACUAUCGGGGCAAGCUGGUCGCCAUACUGGUGUCGUCCAUCAUUGGUGGCAUUGCACUGUUUACCAUCCUGUCGAUGGUUACGACCAACCCGAUAUUCGUGGUGGAACCGAACAUGCACGCGAAUCGUGCCAUCGGCAUCGUCAUCCUGCCGCUCGCCACCUUUGCCCUGCUGUGCUCCUGGUUCCUGGUGGUCGAAUCUCCCAUCCACACGCUCACGACGUCCGGCAACGAGUCGGAGGCACGGUCGAACCUGAUCAAGCUGCGCGGCCUUUCGAUGGAGUCGCCCUCGCUGAUGGACGAGUUUGAGGAUAUGAAGACGCUCGCGUCGGAAAGCGAAAGCCUUUCGCCGUUCUUCCUCAGCCAGGGCAACUUCCCACCGUUCCAGCUGGUGCUGCUGGUGAAGCUGGCCAACCUGCUGUUCUUCAACUACUCGAUGAACACGGCCAAGAUGUCGCUGAUGUCGCUCAUGUUCACGCUCGGCCUGUUCACGCACAACUGGGCCCCGUCCAUACUGAUGCUGAGCAAGUUUGCCGGCUCGCUGUUUGCGAUCCUGAUCAUCGAUCUGCUACCGCGACGGUUCAUGUACGGCAUUUCAUCCACGUUCACGGGCACGUUCAUGCUGGCGCUUGGUAUUAUUCUCGCGACGUACGACGUGGUCGCUACCUGGAUACCGCCCUUCCUCUACAUCGUAGCAGAGGUGUUCAACACGUUCGGUAUGCUGCCGGUGUCGGAAAUUAUGCUCUCGGAAGCGUUCCCGCCCAAGAAGCGCGCCCUGUCCGUGUCGUCAAUACUGAUCUGCGAGUACGUGGGCCACAUGGUGGUGUACAUCAUCUACUUCAACGUGCCCAGCACGCUCACGAACACGUACAUCAAGACGCUCGUGUUUUCGGGUGUGAUUUUGCUCAAGUGCCUGAUCGCUGUACUCACGAUACCGGACACAAGGGGCAAAUACCCUCGCGAAGCGGUUCACAUGUACAUGCACAAGAAAAAAUAAAAAUCGGGCAUUCAAAUCGUCCUCCCCCUAAA